AGAAUUUGGGUCUUGUUUGAAGGGGAAGAAAAGAAAGGGAGUAGGGACACGGUCCUGAGAUGAGAGAAUAGAUAAGGGAGGAGAAGUGAAUCGGAAACCCGAAACAGUGUGGACAGGAAAGCGCGAGACUGCAGGAAGACUAGAAUAGAUUAUUUUGCCCCAUUUCUGAAAAAAAAACUUUUAAACUUUGAACGACUUUUUGCUAAAGUUUGCAAAACAAUGGAUUAACUUCUGACUCGGUGGAAUACAACCUGAUCUUGCUUCUCAAAAACAUCCUCAACAUAUAAACAGAAGAUUUUCAUUUGAACAACCGACAAAACCGGUUACAUUUCUUAAUUUGGCUGACUUUGCAACAUUGGAUCUAGUUUAAUUCGAACUCGCACAUUUCAAAUAGACCUAAAAGGAAAAAAAGAAAAGUACUAACUUCUACCUGUACACUUGCCUGUUCGACAUCUUCUGAACGGGUAACUGUAAACCUCUCGCUACUCAACUUCGUUUUUGUUUCGUUGGUCUAGCAGAUACUAGCAAGGAAGAUGCGGUAAUGAGAAACGUUUCCGCGCAAAGUUUCGGGGAGAUCAAGGAACGAGCGAAGAAUUCUAAUCGAACUGGGCGAUCACUGCGUACAGAGAGGAUGGGAUCUGGCCGCGCGGUUACGCUGUUCUUGACUGUGUUCUUACCAGUGUUGGUGAGCUCAAGAAUCGUAGACACUUCUCUUGAGCUGCGGUUUGUGCAGAGCCCCGAAAACGUGACCUCGUCGUUGGGAAAGCCAGUGGUGAUGCAGUGUGUGCUGCGGGGGGACGGGGGGGAGAUCGACCCCCCAGACGUGGUUUGGCAGAAGGACGCGGAGCCCCUGGAGAUGGCCAACACAGACCAGAUGCAGGUCCCCAUUAGUGAGGACAGCUGGAUGAGCGUCAGCAACCUCAGGAUUGAGGAGGUCCAGCUGUCAGACAUGGGGGUGUACCAGUGUGUGGUGGUGUUUGGAGGGCAGGAGACUACAUCGCUGGAGGGACGCAUUCAGCUAGAAGGUCUCCCCCAUUUCUCUAUGGAGCCCCAGGACAUGUCUGUGGAAGCCAACACCAGCCUGAGUCUGCACUGCGUGGCCCAUGGACCUCCAGAACCCGUACGGGUCAUCUGGCUGCAGGACGGGGUUCCUCUCAACACCCUAGAGGAUCCGGUGUCCCUGUCACCCUCUACACUUAGCCUCACAGGACUCAACAGAACCGGCUCGUUCUCCUGCGAGGCACACAACCGCAAGGGCGUGGCCACCUCGGCCGCAGGUGUCGUGACAGUCAUCCCAUCCAAACCUGAGAAAAUCCAGGUGGUUGAAGUCACCAAUUCCAGCCUGCAUAUCACCUGGCAGCCCAGCUUCGGAGGAGUGUAUCCCAUCAUGCUGUGCUCUGUCCAGGCCACGCCCUCAGAUGGUGACCUCAGCCCCGUAUCCAAUCACCUUAUCCACAACCAGAAUGUGAACAUCCCUCCCAACAGUCACCUGAUCUCGAACCUAGAGCCCUUCAGCUCCUAUAAUGUGAGAGUGGCCUGUCGGAGCAGCCAGGGCGCCUCCUCCUGGUCACCCUGGGUAAUGCUGCAGACUGCUGAAGGGGUACCCGAAGCCCCGCCCGCGAACGUGAGCGCGCUGCUGAACGGGAUGGAGGUGCAGGUGAGCUGGGCUCCGCCCCCUGGGAAGCUGAACGGACACCUGCAGGGAUACACGCUGGAGUACAGCACCCCAAACCUGGAACAGGCCGUGCUGGAGGCGGGGCUGAACACAAGCCUGUCAAUCAAUUUGUCCCUCCCUCUCUCCAAUGUGUCUUUCCGGGUGUGUGCCAACACGGGGGCGGGGCCAGGACCCUGGAGCCCCGCCCACAUGUUGUCCCUCAUACCACCAGAAAUGGGAGAGCUGAAGAGCACAGACCCUUCCUCAUCCAAGACCUUCUCCUGGCACUGGUGGUACGUCGUCAUGGCGAUGUCCGUCGCCAUAGCGCUGGUUGUGCUAAUUGCCGUGUAUGCUGCCCGACUACGUCGAAAAGAGACUAGAUUCGGGGAAGCCUUCGAGCCCAUGAUGGAGAGCGGGGAGCUGGUGGUCAGAUACCGCGCCCGCCGUUCCUACAGUCGCCGUACCAACGAGGCCACACUGAACAGCCUGGGGAUUAGCGACGAGCUGAAACAGAAGCUCCAGGACGUGAUGGUGGACAGACACAAACUUACGCUGGGCAAGACGCUAGGAGAAGGAGAGUUUGGCUCGGUGAUGGAGGGCCUGCUGACCCAUGACGAGUCUCAGACAGCGCUCAAAGUGGCCGUCAAGACCAUGAAGAUUGCGAUCUGCACUCGCACUGAGAUGGAAGACUUCCUGCGGGAAGCGGCCUGCAUGAAGGAGUUUGACCACACAAAUGUCAUGAGACUCUUAGGCGUGUGUCUGCAGACGGUGGAGAGCGAGGGAUACCCCUCCCCUGUGGUCAUUUUGCCCUACAUGAAGCACGGAGACCUCCACAGCUACCUGCUCUACUCCCGUCUGGGAGACAGCCCAGUGUUCCUUCCCUCUCAUAUGUUGGUGAAGUUUAUGACUGACAUCGCGCACGGUAUGGCGUACCUGAGCAGUAAGAACUUCAUCCACAGGGACCUGGCGGCACGAAACUGCAUGCUCAAUGAGAACAUGACUGUGUGUGUGGCCGACUUCGGCCUGUCCAAGAAGAUCUACAACGGAGACUACUACAGACAGGGCCGGAUCUCCAAGAUGCCCGUCAAGUGGAUUGCCAUCGAGAGUCUGGCAGACAGAGUCUACACCACCAAGAGCGACGUGUGGUCAUUUGGGGUGACCAUGUGGGAGAUCGCCACCAGGGGGCAGACGCCGUACCCUGGUGUGGAGAACAGCGAGAUCUACGACUACCUGAGACAGGGAAACCGACUCAAACAGCCUCCAGACUGUCUGGACAGCAUUUACUCCCUGAUGCGCUCCUGUUGGCUGCUGAGUCCAAAAGACAGACCGGGGUUCGACUCCCUGCUGUGCGAGCUGGAGAAGGCCAUGGAGGAGCUGCCCGACCCCCAGGAGCCGGACGAAAUCCUCUACGUCAACAUGGAGGAGCAGGGGCCGGAGCUGGGGGCCGUGGGGGGACGGGAAACACCCCUGGGCGCCCCGGCCGCGCCCCCGUUCUCCCUGAAGGGCGUGGACACGGUGACCACCGUGGAGGUGCACCCCCCGGGGCGCUACAUCAUCUGCCCCCAGCACGAGCCCCCCCAGCGUGGCCUGAGUGACUCCCUGGAGAGCCUCCAUCUCACCCCUACCCCUUCCUCCUCCUCCUCCUCCUCCACCCCGUCCACCCCAACCCUGUUCCUGCAGCCAAACUCCUGCUCCACCCCCAUCCAAAUCUCCGCCCCCAUCCCCAGGGGGGAGGGUUCAGAGGACAGGGACGGGCCUUGUAAGAGGGUCUUCUGGCAGUGACUACACCCCACCUCCACCCCAUGUCCUCCCAUUGUGAUGGUUUGCGAAGGUAGACUUUGACUGUUGAGGUGUGUCCACCACUUGCCUUAAGAGGGUGGAGUUUCUGUGUCCAUCACGUCCAGGGGGGAGGGGUUGACACUUUUUACCUGUGUGAGCACAAAAGCGCACCUGCCGAGCGGCACACUCCACGGACACGCCCACCUGCUCAAGACAACGUAUGAAAAGCUCCUGUUACCACAGCACUUUCUCCGUCCUGACCUUGACACGCAGUACUUCUGGAGAGAAAUAUAGACAUGGAUUGUAUAUUGAAGAAAAAAAAAAUAGCUACCAAAAUGAAUUUACAUACAUAUUCAUAAGGAUUUUUAAAGUAUUUCUUUUUCAUUUAUGAUGAAAUGUUUGACAAAAGUACAAGCACAUAAUGGAAUGUUGGUCAGUAUGUCCUGAACUCUGACUGAUUUUGUUUGUAAGACUGAAACCUCCAUUGCGAUUGCAUUUUCUGAUCCUGAAUUCAGACUGAUUUAGGUUAUAAAUCUUAAACUGCCACCGUGAUUGAGAUUUUUGAUUUUGAAUUCUUAUUGAUUUGGGUUGUAAGUAAAGGGUAAAAUCUCUACUGAGAUUGUGAUUUCUGAUUCUGAAUUCAGACAAAUUUGGGCUGCAAAUUUAAAAAAGCCACUAUGAUUGUGUUUUCUCAUGCUGAAUUGAGAGAAAUUUGGUUUCUAAAUGUGAAAACUCCACUGUGAUUGUGAUUUAUAAUUCUGAAUUCAGUCUGAUUUGGAUUUUUGGAUUGUGUGGCUGAAAAGUCCACUUGGGCUGUGUGAUGACAGGGGAAUCGAUAACAAAGCACAGAAAGGACAAAGCAAACAGGUCAAAGGUCAAAAGUACCGCAACAAACCAAAUCCCAGUCACUUACAAUCAAUAGCAUUACUGUAUCCAGAAUGCUGACAAAUGUACUACUGCUAGGCCAGUUCACCCUGCUUAACCAGUUAUAAUCAUGUUUACUUUGCCAGAAAGAAGCUAUAGCAUUGUCCCGCUUGUAAACCAGGAUGCAGAAAAGCUGUGUGAUAUUCACAGUAUACUGUUCUUCUAAGGUACCACAGAUCAGUUCCAGAGAUUAGGAAUCGGUAUGGCUCACUUUCAGAGCGUCCAAACGUGGCAUAAAAAGUCAAGCUUUGUGAAGUUAUUUUUCAUUCGUCCUAUAACAGCCAAAAACGCAGGACCUUAACCGCUUUCCUUUCUGCUCCACGUCACUUGCGCGACCCACUCGUCUGAAGCAGUUUGCAGCAUUCCAGCAGGUUGCCAUUGGUUACUCAUCUAUGCAUCUGCUUCCCCGGAAAAACUGAGUGUUUUUCCAUCUGUGUCUCAUUCCAUGUUACUUCCCUGCUUCCCAAAUCUGGCCCCUUUUCCCCACUCUAGUGCCCGAGACAAGAGAUCUCCCAUAAGCCCCUGCUACCUUCCAACCAUUUGCUCGGGACAUAUUACAAUCGACCGUAGAGCCAUUGUAUAUUUGUUGCUUCUUACGCAGAACAAAUGAAAAGCAUUUUCCCCAGAAACACCAGUCUACAGAAGCCAAAACACCACCUCUGUGUUUCAGCUAUACAUCUGCUGUGAAACGCAAGCUAGAAAAAUAAUAAUCAAUUUUAUUCCUGCGUAUCAAACGGGGAGUUGGGUAUGACCGGAAACCAAAAUGUUCUUGGUUAACCUACAUGGACUGUAAAGUUGUCAGCUAGCAGCUGAAAAAUAUUAAUGGACAGGAAAGUGAGUCAUGUGACAGCAUCAUGAAACAUCAUGACAAAUGAAAAAAACCAAAACAAUGCAAACUCAGCAGGUACUGCAAACCAUCCGUCCAGCAAAAAAUUAAAUUAAUCUGCAAACGGCAAAAACAAACACAUUAACAGCCUCUCUCCUUUUAACUCUGCUAAUGAUCUGACCUCUCAGCAAAUCACUGCCAGUUGAUCUCGCUAGCUGAGGCAGAGGGCUAGGAGGCAGACCAACCGCUGAAAAAACUGUGGGACAGAAAAUGACAGAAAAUCAGGGGUUUGGGAAAAUGGGGGCAGAACUUUAGGGGACGGAGCCUUACAGAGGAAGCUCCCCAAAGGCCCCAACAUUGUUACACUUAAACAAAGGAUUGAGCCGCCAGUGAUCGGGACUCAAACCUGCAAACCCAACUCACAGGGACAAAAUGGCGUGGCACAGGCCUGGUCUCACUCGUGAGACUGCCUGGUGCCAGGCAGAGCGGGGUUCUUAAGCACAGUGUUAUUAUUGUUUUUUUUAUUUUGUAAACAUGAAAUGAUAUUUUUGCACUAAUAUGAAUAUAUGUUCCCUAUGUUAUCGUUACUGAAUUGUGUAUUUUCAUAUACUUUUAAUCUUGUGAUUGUUGUUUUCGCAUUUUUGUGUAUUUAGGUCAAAGCUGAAAUGAAAUGUUCUGCCAUGGAAAUACUACCCCUGUCAUUCACAACACGAGACAUGUACAUUCCAGUCAUUAACAGGCUAUUGUUUCUAAAUUAGUGUAGUGCAAGGAUGCACAACCCUGGUCCUGGAGAGCCUUGGGGUCUGAUGGUUUUGUUUUCACCUCACAAUCAAACAGUUGUGGUUAACAUUAUUUCAAUAAUCCUUUCAAGUAUAGCAUUCUAGAACUUCAUUGCUUUAAAUUGCCAGUAGUGAUUGUUACAUCAGCGUUAGAAUCUUCAGUUAAGAACAUUCUAAUCACAUAUUUGUGACCUCACAACAUAAAGGGCUAACUGCUGAGUAACAGUGCAAACCAGCACGACCUGUGGCUCUCCAGGACCAAGGUUGAAAACCUCACUUAUGGGGAAAAAAGGGAAGUAUGACGGUGCAUGGUGGUCAGGAAUUUUAUAAAUGUGACAUCCUUAUGUGGUUUCAAACAAAAUGUAUCAUGGGACCCCUUGAUCCCAAUCAAACCCAGCUCUUUCUCUUUCCUCUCUCCUUGGUUUACAGGAUAAGCAUCACUCUCUGCUCCUCCAUCUUAUUUGUAGUUUAAAUUCUCACAGACAUCAACUACCUUAUAAUUCAAUUGCUGAUUACAUUUUGGGUUGUGGUCUUUCAGUCUUUUCUGUCUUUAGGCAGAAUGAGAACAGACAGGAGCAUGAAAAGGAAUAUUAAAGAAAUGAUGGGGCAAAUGGAGAGAAGGAGUGCUGGGUUUGCGGUGUACUGGGCAUUAACCACCAAUGGGUACAUGGCAUUCACUAUUUCUGUUCUUGAAUUUUGCUUGACUAAGGGAUUCUCCUAAUGAUUAUCAAUUUUCCACAUUUGUUCUGAACUCCAGUGAAGUUUUCCCUGGUGAACAUUUUUAGAUUUCAGAAAGUUUUGCUUUGCACAUUAGUGUAUUAUGAUGCAUGCCAACACAUCACUUUACAGCAUGGAACAAUUUCAGUCAGUCUGCAGACCCUUGCCUGUUUGACAUAGCCUCAGCCUCUCAUGGUGAAACAUCAUUACUGUUUUAGCUUUGAUGCUGACAGACAGACGUAGACACAGACAGAUGAAAGGAGCCAGAUACGCGCUCAGGACAAGGGUAACAGAUGUAGAGCACAGAUUCUCUAGACCGACCAGAUAGUCAACUCUGUACUGUUAACUUUGGAAGUUCAGUCUCCCUGCUCUAGAAGCGAAAACCUUCCAGUCCAAUUGAUCUAUCUUUGAAAAAUUCAUUGAAAAUACAGUGGCAGUGAACAUUUGAUGUUUUAAUACAACACUAUAAACCUCUGUUAUCAAUCAUAAUUAAUGGGUGGUGUUUGUCACAGAAAAUAUUGGCUGAAUUUGCAGAGCAGUCAUGGCAAAGUUGUUGAAAAUCAUAGAAAAUUGUGAUAAAUUCCAGAAUCCACAUACAUUGUCAACUUUGUUUCUCCCAGCAUUUGGCAAUAUUGUUAAAAUUCAUAGGCCUGUGCAAUUAACACUGUAGGCCAUUUUAAGGUUGACAGUUGCCAUCCAAAACUGCUAAAAAAUAAAAAGAAAGCACUGAAUUUGCGGCAAUGGCAAGAAAAAGGGGGAAAGUCACAGAACUGCCAAAAUAAGGGCAAGAAUUACAGAAUCUGUGACAGCGGUGACUUCCACAGCAAACAACCAGCCUUAAUCAUAAUCACAUAGGGAAGACAGAAGGAACGUACUGUAGGAGCUGACUGUUUGGUUAGUCUACAGGGUUGGAGUCAAUUCAGGAAAUUAACUCAUUCAAUUCAUGAACUGAAAGAUAACCAUUCUGUUCUGUGGACAGUUUUUGAGCAAUUAAGUAGAUUUCAAUUAAUUUCCUGAAUUGGCUGCAUGGAAUGGAAUUGGAAUUGACCCCUAACCUGGUAGUCUAUAAAAUAUUUGCUCAGAUUCAGACCAGUUUGUGAUAAAAAAAACACAGGAAAUUCAGUUAAAGGUCCUGUGCAGUGUGCGCAAAUACUGCACAAGCAGGCUGUCCCAAAAGGAAGUACAGCGUAUGUUCACACUUUUUUCAAAUUUUCCAUCUGAACUGAACUAUGAGAUUUUGACUGAUAUUAAACAGCUGAAAACUGUAUUAAGCAUUCAAUUCAAAAUUGUUUCAAGUGAUCCUUAACUAAAUAAGCAUUUAUUUUGUUAAAAAAUAAUGAUUUUUGUAAUUAUUGUGAAUAAAUGCUAAAAUUCCCCUGUGUUUAGUAUUUUUACUACCUGCAAAGUACUGCUUACAUGCACCAACAGGAAUAGUAACUGUACAAGCAUUAAAAACGUCCUAACAAAGUGCCUUCAGAAAGCAAAUAUUCUCUCUUUGUUGUAAAUGAAAUGUGUCUUUCUGAAGGAUGGCUGUAAUUUGUUCUUGCUGAUAUUAUUUUUGAAAUAAGAUUUUUAUAAGCUUUUUGUAUCAAAUAAAUCCAUGUACAGACUUAAA